AUCGCAACUUUUGCCCCGGCGCGGCGUCGGAUCCGAUUCCGGGCUCCCUCCGGACUUCCCUCCAGCAAGCACUCGCUCGCAUCCCCCUUCCUCUGCCCCCCGCCGCCUCCCUCCCUCCCCGGUUCCUUCCCUCCCGCCGCCUGCUCGAGGCGUCCUCCUGCUCCUCGGGCUCCUUCUUCGAGCCCUUGGCAACCUCUCUCCCUCCUUCCGCUCUUCGCAGCUCCCCACGCUUGGGUGGGCGCGCCGCCUUCUCCCACUUGGCCAGCAUCGCCCCACCUCGGCAUCCCGCAGCCUCCUCCCUCUGUCUCCCCGCGCCCGCUCCAGAAAUCCCUGCUGCAACCCUUGACUUUUCUCCGCCCCCCGCCCCCCAAGAACUUGCGACCGGCUCCCCGGUUCUUUUCCUUUCCUUCCUUCCUUCCUGGGUCGGUCCGCCCCCGCCCGCCCGCCAGCCCCAGAGCUAGCAGAGGUGCUGCGGCUGCUGCCCACUUCUUCCUGGCGCCCCCCUUCUCCCCCCCCCCGCCCCGCCAGCUCUUUUCCUGCGACUGGCCCAUCCCCUCCUCCAGGUCUGAUGAAGCCCGGUGAGGGCGCUGAGGGGGCAGAUGGCGAGGGGGCGGAAGGGGAGCGGGAGCCCCUGAACCCCGAGUCCACAGAGACUCUGGGCGUCUCGGCCACCUACCGGGAGUUCGUCCGGCGAAGCUACCUGGAGCUGAUGAGUGCCAACCAGCACUCCCUGCAUGCCCUCAACUGGCGGCGCCUCUACCUCAGCCGAGCCAAGCUCAAAGCCUCCAGCCGGACCUCAGCCCUGCUUUCCGGGUUUGCCAUGGUGGCCAUGGUGGAGGUGCAGCUAGAGGAUUAUGACUACCCACGGGAGCUGCUGGUUGCCUUCAGUGCCUGCACCACCGUCCUGGUGGCCGUCCACCUCUUUGCCCUCAUGGUAAGCACCUGCAUCUUGCCGAACAUUGAGGCCGUCAGCAACAUCCACAACCUCAACUCGGUCAACGAGUCGCCCCACGAACGCAUGCACCGCUACAUCGAGCUCGCCUGGGGCUUCUCCACGGCCUUGGGGAUCUUCCUCUUCCUUACCGAGGUGGUGCUGAUCUGCUGGGUCAAGUUUAUGCCCGUUGGCAGCGUCCCCUCCUCCAGGAAGUGCUGCACGCCCACUCCGGUCCCCGGCGCUGGGAACACCACUGAGGCAACCACCUUGCAGGACAGCCCCGGUUGGAAUGCUGCCAUGGCCUCCACCAUUAUCAUGGUCCCGGUCGGUGUGGUCUUCAUCAUCUUUGCUUUGCACUUCUACCGGUCUCUGGUAGGCCACAAAACUGACCGGCACCAGCAAGAACUGGAGGAACUCUCCCAGAUCAAACACCAGUUGGAUGGAGAAGCCAUGGCACUGCAGGUGGUGUGAGGCUCGGUGGCCUUGUUCGAGCCCUUGUGGGGCGGACUGUUAUUUCGAGAGAGAAAGGAAACGGUAAGGGAAACAGGAAGGGACUGUCCUGCUGACAUGGCUUGGGGCCAACACGGAAGUAACCACAACAGUUGGAACUUAACCAAA